GGAGAUAAUUGUUGUACCCUUGACUACAGCUUUCAGUCGUUAUUCGAAUGUUUUAGUGGUCACUCGUCAUGUCUCUUUUUUUCUCUCGAUUUUCUUCUCGGACCAAAGUCCUUUCUUCUCUCCAUCAAAAUCUCUAUUUGACCUCUCAACUAUGCUCAUCGAAACCAACUGUCCAACCUAAGGCUGCAGAAGUUCCUCCAACACAUUACACGGACUUAUUAAGGAGGACUCAUAAGCCAAAUAAUUUGGAGAGAAAAAUUCUUGUGUGGACUGGUCGAUUUAAAAAUGAUGGAGAGAUUCCUAAUGAAAUAUCACAAGAUACCAUGGAAAAGGCCAGAAACAAAGCUAGAAUCAAACUCGCUAAUUACAUGAUGGCUGCCACAGUUGUUGCCUGUAUCGGCAUGGUGAUAAGUGGAAAGAGAGCGGCCGAGAAAGGUGAAACUAUUGCCAAGAUGAACAUUGACUGGCACAAAGAGGUCAAUAAGGAUGCAAAAUAGUUUAGUGUGAUUUCAGUCGUAUAAUACUCAAAUUUCAUGCAAUAAAUUUAGUCUGUUGUUUUCAUACUGGGAGUAUUUUUUUAUUGUUAUAUUGAUGGAGGAUCAACCAGUAUGUGUAUGAAAAAAAUAAAUGCUAUUAUUUAUUUAUUUGCUAACACCCAUCCUCGGUAUUUCAGCCAUUUAGUGAUGCGCUGACAAAUAAAAACGGAAUUCUGUACAAAUUUCUCAUCUGAAGUCAUGUU